AGGGAGGAGAGAAGACGAGGAGGAGGGGGUCUAGGUGCUCCUGGACCACCGCAAAAGCCCCGCGGAGUAGUUGUGUAAUGUUACAUUUAAAAAUAAGGGGGGACUUCAACCACGGAAUGUAUUUUAGAUGCAGAUCUAUAAUCGAUUGAAUAUUUGAUUUCCUCCUAACGUCCUCGCCACGCGAACCAACCGAAGUGAUCUCUGCGAGCCCUGAUCCGCUGUGUUUUGUGUUCGCGGCAGGAUGAGGACCGAACUUGAGGUCGCAGGAGGGGGGUCCCACACGCUUGGGCGUUAUUCCCACUGACCUGAAGCAUGGACUGAUCGCCGCAUGUCACUUCUGCCGGGAGCGAGCACGACUAGUGACCAUCAUCUUGAUUUUUCUUUGGCGGAUGCUUUAGAUUUUGCGGCCUGCUCGGGUCUCCGGUUACCGCAAUGCCACACGGACAAGAGGAAGGAGAUGUGGAUGGAAGCAAAUGGAGAGAGGGAAACUGCAAAAAGCAAGCGAGUUUAGCAAUAAUGUGAAUAUACAGAGGAGUGAAAACGUGCUUGUGUUUCAGAAGAACUUAGUGGGAGAAUGGCACAGUCUGUACCUCAUGAGCUACAGUGGACGGUGAGCUGCAGGGGGUGAGAGAGGCACUGCACUGACUAAAGCUGUCUCGGUAUCAUGGCUGAAAUGUCAAAUGAGGUUAGUACGUUGGCUGUGUAGUGGCUGCUCAUUCCUCAGCUUUUUUGCUGACAAAGUUCUUGGACUCACUGAGUGACCCGUAGCACGCAGCAUGGGGCAUUGCGCAGGAACCAUUGCACCCGCCCGUGGAGGAUUUGGCAAAUAAUUUGGACAGAAGUGGAGCUCCGAUGCCAGCAUGUAUAACUCUUGCUAAGCUUCUCUGCUGUGCUUAUACCCACUCAACUUGUUUUAUGUACUCAGCGUGAGUGUAAGCCUCUCCCAGCCUCCUCCUCCUCCUCCUCCUCCUCCUCCACAAACAGAAACACACAGACAAGCCAAGCAUGCCUUCACCUUCAGACUCCAGCAGCGUGGCCUCGGCCUCCGGCUCUCGCGGCUGGUCCGACAGCCGCAGGGGCAUGUCGGGCAGGGGGCCCGGAGGGGCUCGGCUGCUGCUGUACCUGGGCUUGUGCCACCUGGGUCUUGGAGCCAUGGUGCUGGCCUUCUCUUUCACCAGCAUGGCCUUCACCUCCUCAGCCCGCGUGAGGCAGUCCUGUCCAUUCUGGGCCGGCUUCUUUGUGGUGGCAUCGGGGAUAGUUGGAAUUAUUUCAUGGAGGAGACCCCUGACAUUGGUGGUCUCACUGUUCAUGCUGCUGUCUGCAGUGUGUGUGAUCCUCAGCCUGGCCGGCUCAAUGCUGUCCUGCCAAAAUGCCCAGAUGGUCAAGUCUAUGCUGGCCUGCCAGGUGGAGAACGGUCUGUGUUUGUGCUGUGAACACGCUCAAACCUGCUCCAUGGAGGAGGAGGAUACCCUGGUUCUAUACUGGUAUGAUGACUGCCACUCAGCCCGACAUCAGCUGAAGGACCUUUUGUUCAGUGCUUGUGGCCUCAGUAUACUAUCUACUAUCAUUUGUACGCUGUCUACUGUGACUUGCAGUAUCCACAUAUUCUCCCUGGACCUCGUUCACCUGUUGGCCCCACAUCGCUCUAGGUCUGUCAACCCAGAAUGCACCACACCCCAGGACGCCUUCCUGACCAACAUCAUGGACUUUGAAGAGUUUGUUCCACCUAUCCCUCCACCCCCGUAUUAUCCUCCAGAAUACACCUGUAGCUCUGAGACAGAUGCUCAAAGCAUCACUUAUAACGGCUCAAUGGAGAGUCCUGUUCCUCUGUACCCCACUGACUGCCCCCCUCCGUAUGAAGCUGUGAUGGGACAAAGAGCCGUCAGCCAAGCGACAGUAUUUGACUCUCAUGGCAAUGAAUUAUCUGGAGACAGAGGAACCUCUACAGCUUUCAGUGGGGAAGUGUCCAUGGACAGUGGGUCUCUGUUAAUGUCAGAGAUUGUGGACAUCCCUGAUGAUUCAUCCCCCUCUGAGGACUCCUGUCUGAUGGAGGUUGGGCUGAGGAAUCAGGGGGAGAGGGGCAACAGGACCUAUAGUGAAGGGGGAGAUGCAGGGGAGUACAUCAGCUUCCGGGGUCCACAGUCUCUAACCCCGGAGAGUCCCCUGGCAGGAGGACCAAGAGCCAAAAGAUUCAUCAGAGGAGAGAGGUCUAACUCCUGCUCCUCACCGAGCACAGCCACCACCACAUUCAGGUCUCCAGUACUGCGUCGCCAGGCUGUGUUAGCCAGUAGCUGUUCCCAAUUGGAAGCGAUAGGGAGUCCUGAUAAUCAACAGCAAUCCUCCAGCCCGGAGAUUCGGGCUCGCCCUUCCACUCCUUCAAAUCAAGGAGCUCUCCCGCUUUCAUCUGCUCUCCCCACUUUGUCCUUCUUACCUGUGAGUGAGCCCGGCAAUGGAGCAGCUCUUCCGCACCAGCCGCUCUACCUUAGACGAAGGGCUGGGAGAGGGGAAAAAGAUGGAGGCAAUUUAAAAAGGCACAGUGAAAGUUUUCUACGCCUUGUGAGGUCACACAGUGAGCCGGGCCUCAGCUCAUCGACGGACACAGUUGACUUUGGCUCUCGGGACAGCAAAGCAUCUAUAGACACAGGUCCGUCGUCUGAGGCGUGCCUGUUGCCCCGCAUUUCUUUGCCUCCUGCAGCCACUCUCCUUCCCAGUAAAGGCGGCGUGAAGCCAGCAGCCACAGGGGUGCAGGUCCCUUCCAAACCUUUACCCACAUCACCACUGCGUUUACCUAAAGACUGCCACCGUUCCCUUGGAGAUCUCAAAGUUACUCGAGGUCUGGUCGCUCGCUUCCUCCAGCGAUCCAAACGUAAUCUGGCACCCUCCUCCGAGCAUGCUGGCAGCACAGGGCAGGGGUCUAAAAGAAGAAGUGGGGCCGAAGGAGCUCCCACCAACCUGCCCUUGGAACAAGUGCUCCGGAGCUCUUGGAGCACCAGCCGUGGGCACCCCGCCCAUCACUCCCAUCGUCCCCAUCACCGCGGACAUCACCAUUCCCACAGCGACAGCCGGCACAACCGGCACCACGGUAACCGGGCGCCCGAGGGGAUCCACCUGCGCAGCUGUGGGGAUUUGAGCUUCUCCUCCUCUGCGUCAUUACGCCGAUUAGUGACGCCUCACCCAGCACACGGGUCGUCGGGGGCCCUGUACUCAGAGUCAGCGCUGUGAGAAGACCAGGCGGGCGGAGGACCGACAGGUAGAGAGAUGAGGAGGCGCACAAGAUGGAGGAGUUGAGGUGAAAACACAAACGGACACGUCCCGUGCUGAGAUUUUCAAAAGUCUUCCCCACUUUUUGUUUUCCGCCUCUGUAUCCUGAAACCAGCUGUGCAAAUGGCCUUAUUUAGUGGUGCUCAUCACAAACUGAACCCUAGUCUAGAGCUCCAACUCAUUCCACCAAUAGGCAGUGAAAUGGCCACGAUGUGCGUAUUUCAGCCAAGCAUGGUCUCACCAAUCAGGACGCAAGCUUUUUUUGUUCUUGACCUCCCCCUUCACACUGAUCAUUGGGAUGAAUCUCAAGACUGGAGACAGAACUCUGCUGGCAUUUACUGGACAACCAAUCACACGAUCAUACGGUUAUGGAUUGCAGCGGUCUUUGUGCACUGAUCUCUCAGAUCGCUCAGGUUAUGCCAAACAUAGAAACCCUUAUUUUGUCUUCCAUUUAAAAGAUAAAUCCAUUCAUCAGUGGACAUAUUUUCAGCUGAGUACAUUGUAAAAUAAACUGCUGAGGAUGCACAUGCUGUCGCAUGAGGAGCCCUUGAUAGGUUGCAUUUUUCUUUUUCUAUGCAGAGUCCAUUUUUAUUUUCCCCCGACACAACAGCCUGCACAGAGCAAGGCAUUCGCAGCAUUUCAAACACAACACUGACACAAGCCACAAACGGCACUGUUAAGCUUUUGAAAUAUGUUCUCUGUGGGUGGCCCAUGGACACGAGGGUUUCUUUUGCCUGUGUGCAUGUUUCGCUACAGCUGUGUUACAGCAGGAACCUUGUGCAUCCGAUCCUAUCUGUGUAACUAAGUAACAAGUGAUCAGAAUGUCUUUAUCUGCAUGUUUGCUUCUUUCUGUUUUUUUUCUCCUGCAUCCAAGAUGAUAGUAGCCACUUGAAUUGUAUUUGAUUUAAUAGAUAGCUGAAAGCCAAGGUCAAAGUCUCCUCGUUUGUUAAGGGAUUUGUGAGGUUUUGCCUCGAACAGCCUGAUCCUUGUGUGAAGUUUAAACCGUUCGGCGACCCUCAGAAGGUUUUGGCAGUAAAUGUAUACACAUUUAUACUGUAGAUUUCUAAUGUAGGCUUCAUACCGUUUGUAAGCAGAGGUCCGUUUGGACUCUCAGUGAUUGUUUAAGGAUAGUGAAAUGAAAAAAAAAAGGCCUCCAGAGGUUCUGGUGACAAUAAAUACACGAUUGGCCUGACAGCUCUGGGUUUAAAGUGUACAGACAAAUCUGUAUCAGGUUCAAUUUCAAUUUUAUUUGAUUUAUUUUCGUUCUGUUUUUUACUUUCUGGUGUACUCACUAACUGGUAAUACUGACUCAAAAUGAGUUAAGGUACCUUUUGGGUAAAGACACAAGUGUGUAAAUAAUUUGAAGGAUUUUGGUGCAUAAUUACACACGUACACUACAGGCACACUUAUGCACUCCCUUACUAAAGGCACCAAGCUUUCUACCUCCUGUCUUGCAUUAAGCUUUAUUUAUUUGAAGAAAUUAUAUGUGUAUUGCAAGAUUAACUGGCUAGAGCCUUGAAACCUGAUUAAUAAAUGUAUUAAUAUGACACUUAUUCCAGAUAUAUAAAUAAAUGAUGGGCAUAAAAAAUCUACCAAUGUUCCUGUCGUGCAAAUGUUGUUAGGGUCAAUAAUGUGCUAUUCUGAAAUGUAAUACAAUUGUAAUUUUCUCUGUACUUUUUCCAUCCAAAUCCACACCUCCUCUCAAAUCCCAUUGGAUGAAUUUUUGCGAUGAUCCUGGGGGCCAAUCAUUCAAAGUCUAAUAUGCAAGUUUCAAGGAUAUUUAAGACAGUGUCUUUUUAAUCAAACAGCUUCAGGACUGGAUGCUGCUUUUCAGAAACAUCCACAGAAGUUUGGCAACAAGACAAAGAAACAGAAGCGGUUAUAGGACAGAGUCAUUAUGGUAUGUAAAGAUGUGCACACUACAAAAAUAGAGUAUUUUUAUUCAUUGAGCUAUAGUUAUCUUAGUUAACAGACUGGAUGGUGUAAAUACUGAGUUAAAAUGCACAUUUACAGUAAAUAUAAGGGCAAAUGUAUCAAAUGAUAAAAGAUUUAUCUGCAACUCUGUCUGUUCAGAAAGCAGCAAACUACUUGAUCGCAAUUGUUUUUUGAACAUAUCAUCUAAAAUGUAAUCUAGUGUAAAUAGUAUUUCUUUAUGGCCAAAAGUUAAACUUGGUAAAGCAAUGCAUGAGAAAAGUAAGUCACUGAUGCACUAUCUCAAUUUUCUUUCACAUUUUAUUUCCCUCCUAUGGAGUCUAAGGCAUGCCACUUUAAGCAGUAUUAAGGAAAUAAACAAUUAUGAAAUAAACACAAUACUGAAAUGAACAAAUAGUCCUGUGCUAUAAAUACUACAAUAAAUAAUUGAAAACAUUAUAGCACAACUGGUUAAAAUUCUUUCUUAGGUAUGUUAAAUUUGAUCUCACCGAUAUCUUUUUCAGAUAGCUGGAAAAUAAAUGUGACUUCAGAAAAUGGGAGUGCAACAAAACAGAUCAAAGUUGUUCUCUGACCAUGCUUUUUCAUCUUACUUUACUGUACACGUUCUAAGUAUCCAUAUAUUUAAAUUAAUGCAUUCUUUUCAAUUAAGUAUUUAUUUUUAUGGGCAUAUUCAUCUAUUUUACUGACAUCUAUUUGUUACCAUGUUUAUUUUCAUUGAUAUUGAUUGAAAUGGCAUUUCAUAAAUCUCUCAGGGGUGGAUCAGUUGGAAAGAUGUUUUACUGUGCUGUGAUUGGUUAUUUCAUCUGGGUGUGCUGCUAUCAAGUUCACAAACACUUUUAUCGUCCUUGUGUAUCCUAAUGGUGCAUUCAAUAACUGGGAACUUUAAUUUUCUUGCUUUCUUAGCAUGAAACCUUACUGAGUAAAAUGUUAAAAUGUUAUUUACAGUUUUCUUUCUUCAUUUUCUGUGUAUAUAACUUUUUCUGGCACCUUGCACUGUCAGACUAAUGUAAUUUUUUUCUAAAUUCUUUUCAUUGUUGCAUAUUUGUUAUUAAAUGAAGGGUGAGAGGGCGGUGAAGGUGGGAUCCCUUUGAUCAACCAGAAAUCCUGAGACAGGAACCGACUUAUGAACUCUUUAUUCCCACUUUGGUUAAUUUGUUACUCGUUAAAUUACCCACACACAUAACUGUUCACCAUCUAUUAUGGAGCACAUUGAUAUUCUGUUUACAGUUAUAAGACUGCUGAUAGCUACUCAGGUCAGUUAGUUAAUCCUACUGGAUUUUUUGAUACUGGGUAUCAAAAUCUACUUGGAUGUUCCAUGAUUUCCAAUGUGAAUCCUGACUUCAGACACAGGCUGAGCAAUCUUAUUUAGACUUUCCAGGUUCAACCAUUCCUAUGCUUUUACAACUGAUAAUGCAAGAAUUUCUGAGAAAUUCAGAGUUUAAGUUGAAACCAAAACACGUACGAAACCCCAAAAUCUGCUCCAUACUGUAUGUCUUUGUCUUCAUUAAACAUUCAUGACAUAUUGCAUAAUUGUUCUGUCCCUAGACAAACCUGUGUGUGUUUUUUUUCUUCUUUUCUUCCAGUGUGCCAUGUCCUUCAGCAGACUCAGCAAUUAUAAUGCUUUUCAGCAGAAAAAUAGCAGGGCUGAAUUUGAAAAAAUGUAGUGGCUCCACUUGAACCUUUAGGGGGAAAAAAAGUUAUUAUCUACAACAAAUGUCUCCCGCAAGAAUAAAGUAAUUUAAUAUUCUAAGCUUAUAAUAAAUAAUGUUAAAACUAAAAUCAGGAGUGGUUUUACUGAGGAAGCUGCUGUUAUACUUUGAGAUGGGUCAGUACAAAAUUAUGUCAGUAAGUUGCUGUGACCACUCCUCAGCCGGCUUCUUAGAACUGGUCACAACUUCACUUGUGUUUCAUCUGGUCUUCUGCUGUGUUGCAAUGUUGCUCAAAAGGCACUGCAGUCAGACCAACAUCUGUUUGAGGCCAUGUUUGAGGAGCUGGUGACAGAGCUGACGAGGAGAGACCUCACAGAUCCUGUCCUGGCCGACGCCAUGAGCAGAUUAAGGGAGGUGUGUCUGUUUGUUGUCAGGUCUCCAAUUCACAAAAGACACGCUGACAAAUGCAAACACUGAACAUUAUUCAAUAUCUGUCUCGUACCUCAGAUUAUGGAAUACAAUGUUGCGAAAGGUAAGAGGAACCGGGGACUGUCAGUGAUAGGCUCUCUGAGGGAGCUCCUCCACCCCUCCCAGCUCUCACAGGACACGGUGCGGCAGGCUCUGCUGGUCGGCUGGUGCAUAGAGAUGGUGAGGAUGUCUUAUAUCGUGCUUAACACUUAGUCUUUCUAGAUUUGAAAUUCUUUUUUUUU